CGUGGCGCACAGAGGAGAGGCGACGCGCUCCCCAACUGCAGCAACAAGAGGUCCGAGGAGCAACACUUGAGUGCGCUUGUCUCUCCUAAAGCCAGACACGCUCAACUUUUUUUUGCCUCUGCGAGCUCUUCUCUGUUGAAGAUGUUCAACCAAGGCGCUUUAUACUUAGAUCGCUCCUGCCUACGCGAAUCCGCUUCCUCAUAGACUUAACUUUUUUUUUUUUUUUUUCCUUUACGCAUUGACCAAGACUUAACCCGAAGUGCAGCUGGUGAGAAUAUGUGCGAGAGGCGAUCGGCGAAGGGUACGGGCUGUCUUUGGUCCCCCCAAGGAGAAGCAGCGUGGAUUUAACACGAAUUAAUGUGGAAUUUAUCGGAGCCCAAAGGUGGAACGACGACCGGACACAGCGCUUCCUUGUCAGGGACUGACUGAUCAUGGUCGCCGUGGUCCGCUCUCUCAUGGUACUGCUGCUCGCUCAGGUGUUGCUGGAAGGUGCUACGGGACUUAUCCCCGAGGUCGGCCGGAGGAAAUACAGCGAAUCCGGGAAGCAGACCCCAGAGCAGUCGGACAGCUUCCUCAACGAUUUCGAGCUCCGGCUUCUCAAUAUGUUUGGACUGAGGCGCAGGCCGACCCCGAGCAAGCAGGCUGUGGUGCCGCAGUACAUGGUGGACCUUUACCGCAUGCACUCAGCAAACGGAGACCACAGCACUAAACGGCCCAAGAGCAUGGGGAAACACGCAGAGAGAGCCGCCAGCAAGGCCAACACGAUUAGAAGCUUUCACCAUGAAGAGUCUAUGGAGGCCUUGGCUAGCCUGAAAGGCAAAACAACCCAGCAGUUCUACUUCAACCUCACUUCUAUCCCUGAAGAAGAGCUCAUCACCUCUGCAGAACUACGCAUCUACAGGGAUCAGGUCAUGGGAGUGGAAACCCCCAACAAUAGUUCCAGUAACAACAGCACUGCUGUCAGUGCAUCCAAUGGUGGCUUCCAUCGCAUCAACAUUUAUGAGAUAUUCGGAGUUCCUGCCUCUCAUGGUGGUGAACCUCUGGCCCGUCUGCUGGACACUCGGCUAGUACAGGACUCUUUGAGCCGCUGGGAGAGCUUUGACGUAAGCCCUGCUGUAUCUCAGUGGACCUCUGGGAAAAAUGACAACCAUGGCUUCAUGGUCGAGGUGCUUCACCCAGAGGAUGGGGGACUAGAUGGAGAGCAUGUACAGAGACGUAGCAGGCAUGUCAGGGUGAGCCGGUCCCUGCACCAGGACCAGGACUCAUGGCCUCAGGCACGGCCGCUACUUGUGACUUAUGGCCACGAUGGCCGUGGAGACUCAGUACUCCAUACACGGGAAAAGCGUCAGGCUGCACUCCGUAAACAACGCCGGAAGCACCAGCAUAAGGCCAGCUGCAGGAGGCAUGCCCUGUAUGUGGACUUUAGUGAUGUGGGGUGGAAUGAGUGGAUAGUGGCGCCCCCUGGCUACCAUGCAUUUUAUUGCCAUGGGGAAUGUCCGUUCCCCCUCGCAGACCACCUCAACUCUACCAAUCAUGCCAUUGUGCAAACGCUGGUCAACUCAGUCAACUCAAACAUCCCCAGAGCCUGUUGUGUGCCCACUGACCUCAGCCCCAUCUCCUUGCUCUACUUGGAUGAAUAUGAGAAGGUCAUCCUGAAAAAUUACCAGGACAUGGUGGUGGAGGGAUGUGGCUGCCGGUGAGACACUGACAGUGGUCUGGAUUCAAGGAGGGAGUGGGCAAGAAAGACUGAAAGAGACAUCAGAGGUUAUUAUGGACACCCAGUUUCCCAAUGAAGACGUUUAUUUAUAUGAAAGAAAAAAAAAAACAGAGCUAUGGAAGAAGAAAAAACCUAUAUAUGAAUAUAUUUAUGUCUACAUAAAG